AUGCGCCUCAAUUCCUCAGCGCCCAUGGUCCGAUACAGCAAACUGCCAUUCAGACAUCUAGCAUCCCUAUACAACUGUCAUAUCACACAUACACCAAUGAUCCUAGCAGCUGAAUUCUCUCGGUCGGCAAACGCGAGAUUGACGGAUUUCUCAACGUCCUCUCUCGAGCGCGGUUCUUUUCUAUUACAAGAGAAAGGUGGUCCACCGUCUACGUUGGCUCAGCUUGAUGAAGCGCCAAAUGAAUUAGGAGCGGUAAAGAAAGCACGGCAGAAACGUGUACGCGGCGCGUUGAUUGCUCAAUUUGCUGCGAGUGAACCGGGCCAUUUCGCUGAUGCUGUUGAGCUUAUACGACCGCAUGUCGAUGGUGUUGAUUUGAAUUGCGGUUGUCCUCAAGGAUGGGCAUACCAAGAACAAAUUGGUUGCUGGCUUCUUCGACAUCCGGAUAAGAUAGCUGAUAUCAUACGUGCGGCGAAGAAUCGUGUGGAGUCUUCUUUUCCUAUCUCUAUUAAGAUUAGGGUUGAUCCGGACUUGAAGAUAACGGAGCAACUCAUUCAAACAGCGAUACACGCAGGUGUUUCGCAUAUUACAGUACACGGACGGACUCGACACCAAGUCUCCACUCAACCUGUAUCACUCUCCUCGAUUGCCUUUGCAGUGUCAGCUGCGAAAGGGGCUGUCCCAGUCGUUGCUAAUGGAGACGCCUGGGAUAUGAAUGAAGUUAAUAAAAUUCGGAAAGAGACGCGCGCGGAUGGUGUGAUGAGUGCGAGAGGGCUGUUGGCGAACCCAGCUUUGUUUUCCGGGUAUGACGUUACGCCCCCUGAAACGAUAAGGAAUUUUGUUCGAAUUUCGACUGAUUAUGGUCUACUUUUUCCUCUGUUCCAUCGACAUUUAUCCUUCAUUCUGGAGUCUCAAUUAUCACGACACGAGCGCGCAGAUUUCAAUUCAUUAGCUUCCUACGCAGGCAUCAUCGACUAUCUCGAGGCUCGUGAUCCCACAAUCACGCAAUUUACCUAACAGGUCCACUCAAGGACGUGCAACCCAAACUUCCCACCUCCCUUACUCUCUGGCUUCUCCUUACAAUCCUCAGUCGUGUCGAUCAUCUUGAAGCCAUUCUUCUCGAAUACACGGACACUGCCAGUGUUAUCCUUUGGUGCGUUGGUGAUAAUCCAACGGACACCCAUGCGAGGGACCAUCCAUUCGUGGAUGAGUGUGUGGACUGCAGUCGUCAUAAUUCCGCGACCAUGAUAUUCUGAUGCUAAGUAAUCUGUACAAGUCACUUUGUCAGAGGUUCUUAAAGACGUUGAAGUGGGGGUUAGGGGUUUUACUAGGGAUAACGAACCACCAAUACACCAAACGAUCUCCGGGUCGCCUAUUUCCCUCAUCUUAUUCUCUUCAUUCAACUUCUUCGCUUCUUCUGGAUCAACGACGUGGAAGAAAUUGUUCCUCGGACACCCGAUAUCGCCGAUAUACACAUCACUCCCAUCUUCCUUUACUUCCCUAAGGAUUCGUACUGGACAUCCAUCGACAAGCGUCCUGUCUUUCCUUCCUCGGGCAUUAUCAACGAGAGUAUCGAGAACCCUUCGACAUGCCUCCACACACGGCUCAAGGAACUUCCUCGCAUGUUCUUUUGUAUGGGGAUAUGGCGCGCCAGGGAGUUGGAGAUGUACCUUUGGGUCGUUCAAAAUGCGUACGAUGUCCUCGAGAUCCGACUCGAGCCGUGGUGGAGUGAUAAUGAUGUUGGAAUAUGGCUUUGGAAGACAAAGGAACGGUUCGCCUGUUUGAGGAUUAAUUUG